CUGGUUCCGUUGUUUUCAUAACUUUGUUGAGGUGUCUUGUCUGCAAUAUGUUAGAGAAAUUUAUAGAAAAAACUAAACUUACAAUAAAUUUAUAGUAAAUAACACCUACCUCUAAAGUAAAUAAAGAUGCUAGUUUCAUAAUGUCGGAAGAAAGUAGCAUAGAUAUUGAGCAGGAGCUCGAAGAGCUACUGACGAAGGUGCAGCCCAACCUACAAGACGUUAUCAAGAGGAGUUUCACUAAUGUAGCCCUGCAGCUGUCGAGUAAUGGCUUAAAUAAUGGGGAACAAACUAAACCAGAUAAUUUGGAGGAUACCUCAUACUUCACUAAGAAUACGCAAGUUAAUUUAUCUCGCCUGGAGCUGGUCAAACCUCCAUCGUUCCAUGUUCAGAACAUAUCUGUGGAUGUCAAAUCAAUGGCAAUGACAUUACGGUGUUCCCUCGGAGAAGUGAAGAUUAAGGGCCUGUAUAGUGCCUUCAAUGAGAACCUUUACAACCUCAUACCUGUCAUGUCGGAGGGGCAUGUGCUAAUAUCACUGUUGAACAUGACUGCAGAUGUGCAGGUUGGCCUGACCGUGGAUAACGAUGAGUUCUCAUGCAUCAACCCCUCUAUUGAGUUCAACCAUGAUGAGGUUCUUAUUAAGUUAUCUUGGCCUUCACCGCAGAGAAGUGGAGGUUAUGAGUUUAAAAGCACGGAACAAGUUGCCAAGCAUAUGGACGAGCUGCCGCUAUCAGCGUGCCUCUCGUUCAGUCUGCGCGCGCUGCUGGCGCGGCGGCUGCGGCGGCACCUGGACACGGCGCUGCGCCGCGCCGCCAGCGUGUCGCAACUCAUGCGCUGCGACACCGCGUUGCUUGACGCCUACAGUGCGCGCGCGCAUAGUCUGGCCACAUUCGGGAACAAAGCCAUAGACGCGCUGCUGAUGGACGUGCGGCGCUCGCUGCUGCAGGCGCGCCGCGAGCUGCUGCCCGCGCCGCCGUUGCCCGCCGUCUUCCUGCACAAGGUAGGUGCAACAUGGUGCAUCGGCCGCUUCGAGACGGACGCGGGCUGGGUGAAGAACCUGGCCACGGUGGAUCGCGUCGGUGACGUCAGCGUCACCCGGCCGGAUGAGUUGAAGACCACCUUUAGAGCCACGCUCAGCAUUAAGGACUUGCAGAUAGGCUACGACAGCUACCACGUGCGCGCUGCGGGCGCGGCGUGCGCGGGGCGGCUGGCGGCGCGCUGCAGCAGCCGCCUCGCGCUGCGCGUCACCAUGGGCCGCACGCGCUGGGAGCCCUACGCACAGCUCGAUGAACUCAGCUUGGAAGUUAUGGACAACACCGAAGUCCACGCGCCCGGGCUAGGCAGCUUACCCUGGCUGGCGGCGGCGGCGGCGGGCUGGGCGCGCGCCCCCGCGGCCGCAGUCAUCACCGAGCAGCUGCGCCGAGAGGUCGCUGUAGCCCUUGCUCGACUGCCCAUGUGGGAGCGAACCGCGGAUAGUGGGGGGCGAUAGCAGGAGGCGAUGAGAUGCUGAGUGGGAGGGAGACCGUACGAGUUGAAGUUGAAAAGGACUUAGCAUCGCGCUUUUGUGUACUGCGUGUUUUAAUAUCGUGCGGAUUUGUUGUCGCACUGAGAGUGUUUUUUAAUAGCGUGCGGAUUUGAUCACGCACGCGGAAUUGCCCCGCACGCGUGACAGCCGCAAUUGUUUUUUUCAUACAACUAUUUAUUGUAAUGCGUGGGAAAAUGGCAUGCGAACCCGCAUGCUCGAUGAAAUCCGCACGCUAUUAAAAAUAUGGUCGCACUGCGCAUACGUAUUUCAUGCAUUACAAAAGGUGUCUAUAGAGACAUGCGUAUGCUUCUAUAAGCACGAGUGAUCCCGUGUUCAGCUUGAUAUGAAAUACACACGAUUAAAAAACAUAAAUAUCACCGGUUACGUUAAAGUGACUUUGGCAGCAGUAAUCGCUACAUGCAUCACGGCUAUCGCUUUUCACGUACGCGAUAUUGCAAAGUGCGUUGUUAUGUUAUGUGCCUUAUAAUACGACGCAAUAAAAAAAUAUAAUGUUGCCAGCUUCCUUGACAUAAUGCUUUACCGGCUUUAGGCCUGAUUUUUCAAUAGUCAGAUAAAUGUUAUCUGACGAAUAACAUUGUUGCUGUCACUGUCUAAUACAAACAUUCUGACGCGAUAGCUUCAGAAUAUUAUUCCUCAGAUGACUCUUAUCUGGCUAUUGAAAAUUCAGCCCUUACCUAAGUAAUUUAAAUUUAUGCCUAGCGUAAAUGACUGCCAGACAGAUUUUAAUUAAUUGAUAAUCUUUUUGUAUAUUUGUUUGUUAUGGAUAUAUUUUUUCAUAAGUAUUUAUUUUUAGAAUUCUAUUAGAUGAUUAUAAAUAUUAAUGUUUUUAAUUUUCGUACUUUAUGUUAUGUUACCAUAGAUAAAAAAGAUUUGUAAACUAUAUUUAAAUAUUUUAAUUGACUAUCAAAUUUAUAUUCAACAAACUUUGAUAUUAUGUAUUUGUGUAACGACUAAUAUAUACAUAUGUGUGCAUGUGAAAAAGAUAUUUUUUUUAUAUUGAGACGGUUGUGACGGAUUUGAAAUGGUAAGACUGUCCAGUUUUAUUUAAUAAAAAUGUUGAAUUGUU